AUGUGUAAACCACGCGCUUUCUGUCAUCUUCUUCUUCUUCUUCAGUUGCUACUUGUAUCUUCUUCUGUUUCUGCUAACAAUAAUGGAUCUCAAUGGAAAACACUCACUGGAAGUCCGCCAUUGGUCAUAGCACGUGGUGGUUUUUCGGGUUUAUUACCAGAUUCCAGCGAUGCUGCUUAUGAUUUCGCUAUACAAACAAGCGUUGCAGAUGUCGCUCUAUGGUGUGACGUGCAAUUGACGAAAGAUGCGGUUGGGAUUUGCGUUCCAGAUCCCAACCUUGAGCUAUCUUCUUUAAUCUCAUUUGUUUAUCCAAAUCAAAGUAGGAGUUACUUAGUUAAUGGUGUACAGACCACUGGAUAUUUUUCUCUUGAUUACACCCUCGAGGAUUUAUACGAAGUCCGCUUAAGACAGGGUGUAGGAUAUCGGUCAGAAAAGUUUGAUGGCUGUUUUCAGAUUCUUACCAUCAAUGAUUUAAUAAAAAAAAUGACACAAACAGCAGCUUUGUGGUUAAAUAUUCAGCAUGAUGCAUUCUACAGGCAACAUAAGUUGAACAUGAAAAGCUUGGUACUUUCUGUUUUUAAGAAAGUGCGUGUUAGUUAUAUCUCAUCACCCGAGAUUGGUUUUCUGAAAAGUAUUAAACCACUCGUUAAUGCAAAAAGAACAAAACUUGUCUUCCGGUUUCUCGAUAAGAAUGACACAGACCCAUCAACCAAUCAGACUUAUGGCUUGCUAUUAAAAAAACUUACGUUUAUCAAGACAUUUGCUUCUGGAAUUCUUGUUCCCAAGGGAUAUAUAUGGCCUGUAGAGGCUAGUUAUCUACAGCCACGUACCUCUUUGGUCUCAGAUGCACAUAAAGUGGGACUGGAAGUUUAUGCAUCAGGUUUUUCAAAUGAUGCCUUACUUAGCUUUAAUUACAGUUAUGAUCCUCUUGCUGAGUACCUCCAAUUCAUUGAUAACGGUACCUUCUCCGUUGAUGGUGUUCUGUCUGAUAAUCCCGUAACUCCAUCUGCAGCUAUAGGUUGCUUUUCUCAACUUGACACCAAUGCUACGAAAAGAGAUAAAACCUUGAUUAUCUCAAAAUUUGGAGCAAGUGGAGAUUAUCCAGCUUGUACCGACAUAGCAUAUAAUAAGGCCAUUUCGGAUGGUGUGGAUGUUCUUGACUGUCCCGUUCAAAUGUCCAAGGAAGGAACACCGUUUUGCUUAAACUCCAUUAAUCUUUUAGAGAGUACCACAGUUGCUGAAACAAGUUUCAUGGGUUAUUCCAUUAGCAUCCCUGAGAUCAAAUCUCGUGACGGCGUAUUUGCCUUCAACUUGACGUGGACUGAUAUAAAAGGCCUGACCCCCUCAAUUUUGAACCCUUUCGCAACAGAGUUCAAAAUGUUCAGGAAUCCAAAAUAUAAGAACUCUGGGACUUUUGUAACAUUAUCAGAUUUCUUGUCUAUGACAAAAAAUGAGACUACUCUAUCAGGCAUCUUGAUCACUGUUGAGAAUGCAGCCUAUCUUGCCGAAAAGCAGGGAUUAAGUGUGACUGAUGCCGUCAUUGAUGCUUUGAGAAGCGCAGGUUAUGAUAAAACAGGAAGCCAAAAAGUUUAUAUUCAAUCCACCGAUAGUGCUGUAUUGCUGAAGUUUAAGGAGAAAACGAACUAUGAGCUUGUCUACAAGAUUGACGAGAUUAAGUAUGAUGCUUCCAAUGAAGCUGUUGAGGAUAUAAAAAGCUUUGCUGAUGCUGUGGUUAUCAACAAGAAAUCUGUAUUUCCUUGGGAUCAUAGCUUUCUGACCAGCUCUACAACAAGGAUUGUGCCAAAGCUUCAAGCUUCUAACCUCUCAGUUUUUGUAGAAACGUUCAGCAAUGAGUUCGUAUCUCAGGCAUGGGAUUUCUUAUCAGAUUCGACUAUAGAUAUCAAUUCAUUUAUUCAGUAUGCAAAAAUUGACGGGAUCAUUACAGACUUCCCUAAAACUGCCGCUAGAUACAGAAAAAACAAAUGCUUAAACUUGGGUUAUAAGACACCUCCUUACAUGAGAGCUGUUCAAGUUGGUAGUCUUUAUAAACUUAUUAGCCAGAUUUCAAUGGCUCCAACUCCGGCUCCGGCUCCACUCCCUCUCUUGACUAAAUCUGAAGUGGUAGAGCCACCUUUGCCUGAUGUUGUUAAAGGAGCCACAGCACCUUUGCCUGUUCGUGAUGAACCCAAAAAUGCACAGCCUAAGGUCACUUUCUGCUUCUUGUCCAAUGUAGCUAUGUUCGUAGCUUCUCUUCUUUUGCUUUGA